GUCGCGCACAGGGAGGGGAAAGGGCGGCCUCCAGAAGCCCAGUUGCGUUUAUGAUGAGACGCUCUCUGAAUACCGCUUGGGCCCAGCCCCGAUCAGGUCCUAUUUAAAGGAGGUCCGUUCCCCACUUCAUCGCCCUCGUUUCUCUUUUGCUUCCACUCCUCGUCUCGAGACACUGGAACAGCCCGCAAGCCCUUUUCAGUAAGGCAGCACGUGGACGUCACAUGACGACAGGCAUCGCCAGCUCCCUGCCCAUCCCCUACGUCGCGCCCAUGGCUCUUUCUCACCACCACCACCACCACCACCACCACCGUCCCAACACCUCAUCAGUUCCAUGGCGCCCAUUCGAACGACGAAAGCCUCCUCCGGUAUAGCCACCGGCGGGUCUAGCAGCAUUGACAUCAAAUCGCCUACUACCAGCGGCAUCGGUGUCGGCGGCGCUCUGUGCCUACCUGGCGAUCCUAUUCAUCGCCGCGCAAGCGCACAUGCGCCGUACAGUCGCUCGCCUCCCACUUCUCGCCUGUCGACCUCGCCUAGCAGCAUCGCACGACUGUCGACAUCUCCCUCUGGUAGCUCGGCCGCCAUCAUAUCUUCCCUCUCCAGUUCACCGCUGGCUGACACGAACGUGAUCGCUCGACACGUGCUUGAGACGCUCGAGCAAAGAGCACUCGCAGUGACGGGGCACGCCACCACCACUCAAGCAGCUGUCGAAGCAUCAUCGUCCGCUCCUGCUCCUACAGCGAGAGGCUAUGCGAGCGCCGCAGCAUCAUCGAGCCUAUUCAUUCCCAAGACCUCCCGCGUCGGCAACGGGGUCCGCGCUUCAAAGGACCCAUCGCAGAUGAGCUCUGCCGAGCUGCUAGCUGCCAUCACACAGCGCUCCUCGCUUCUCUCUUCCGCCGGUACCAGCGUUAGUCCUGCGAUCUCGGACAAGCUCCGCGCCGAAGUAGUCGUCAUGCAGAAUGUGCUUGCUUCGCGCAAUGCACUCCGUGAGCUCGGCGACAAGUUGCACAGAGCCACAAUCGACCCAGAAUCACGGGACGAGAAGGAACUACAAGACCAUCUGCAAGCCAUGUCUCUUCUGCGCAAGGGCAAGGGCCGAGCUGUCGACGUGGCACUCGAUGACGACUUUGCCCCGCCGCCUCCACCACCACAGUCACAUCGCGAAGUCAAGAUCAAGGCCAUUUCCAAUGAAGAGGCGGACGCCAUCCAGCGGCAAGUCUGGGAGUUUGAACAAGAUCAGAUCCGCGAGGCGAGCGAAGCUGCGCAGCGUUCCUUCCGCGGUAAUGCCGAUCACAACAGCGACGAUAAUAACAGUGACAGAGACGAACAGGACCCAGAUUGGGACGACGCGCUGCAGAUGGACUAGAGAUUGCUUGACUUUGAUGUUGUAUUACCAUUAACAAGGUCUGAAUGGUUGAAUGCUAUAUUGGUAUCUUUGAUUUC